GUGCCCAGCCACCGCUCACUCUCACGCUUCUGCUUUGGAUGAGCGCGCACCAUGUCAUCAGAGUCCGAUCACUCCAUCCUGAAUCUCAGUCCUGAAGAGAAACGCGCGUUUGCCUUCCUCUUCAACCAAGCCGACAAGGACCAGCUGGGCGUCGUCACGGGCGAGAACGCCGUCAACUUCUUCGAGCGCACCAAAGUCUCACCCGACGUCCUCGGCGAGAUAUGGCAGAUCGCAGAUACGGAGAACCGCGGCUUCUUGUCGAAACCAGGCUUCUGCAUGGUCUUGAGAUUGAUCGGACACUACCAAGCUGGGAAACAGCCGAGCAAUGAGCUGGCCUUCAAGGCUGGCCCUGUGCCCAAGUUCGAGGGAUUGCAGAUACCCGGCGUCAGUGGUACGCCAACAGUAGCAGCUGCACCGAAUCCAGCGAUAGCAGGCUUCCCAGCGAAUCCGAUACAACCUCAACUGUCCGGCUCAGCUCCUAUCCGCGUGCCUCCGCUCGAUCCUGCGAAGGUGCAGCAAUACACCGCGCUGUUCGAGCACUCGGGAACACAGAAUGGGUUACUUGAUGGAGGAACUGCAAAGGCGAUAUUUGAAAGAGCUGGUUUGCCAAACGAGACACUGGGGCGCAUAUGGAUGCUUGCGGAUCGUCAGCAAAGGGGAGCACUGGAUCAGGCGGAGUUCAUCGUGGCAAUGCAUCUCUUGACAAGUAUGAAGACGCGCUCCAUGGCAGCAUUGCCAGCUACACUUCCACAGGGCUUAUACGAAGCUGCGGCGCGAAGAGGAAGUCGGACAGGCACUGGCCCAACCCCUAUCCCGAGACAGCUCACCGGACAGGCCGCCGGGCCCGCGCGUGCCCAGAGCCCCUUAGCACGCCCGCCGAACUAUACCACCCCUCCGCCGAUCCCCGCGCAGACGACCGGCCAGCCGUGGCUGAUUACGCCUGCAGACAAAGCCAAAUUCGACCAGUUCUUCAGCACGAUUGAUACUGUGGGACGAGGGAUCAUCAAUGGAGACCAGGCUGUUUCUUUCUUCUCCAAUUCUGGACUUUCCGAAGAAUCUCUUGCUCAGAUCUGGGAUCUGUCAGAUAUCAAGAGUGAGGGUCAGCUCACCAAGGACGAGUUUGCGGUCGCUAUGUAUUUGAUAAGGCAGCAGCGGGCACCAAAUGCACCCCCGCUGCCAGCCUUCUUGCCACCAGGGCUUGUACCCCCAAGCAUGAGAGCACAGCAGCAGCAACCUCAGUCCACCGCUCCAGCCUUUGAUAAUGCAGCUCAGAAGUCUACCAUGCCGAAGUCUGCUGCUGAUGACCUCUUUGGGUUGGACGAGCCAGCUCAACCUCAAUUGCCUCAGGCACCCGCGCUACAGCCACAGGGGACCGGGGCUUCUGCAGCACGAGAUCCAUUCGCUGGAGGAUCUCCUGCUACUCCCAGUAGUCCAGCACGAUUCCAGCCGCAGUCGACGGGACCGGCUGGCAUAUUCAAGCCUUUCAUUCCUUCGUCUGCUUUCGGCGCUACUCUGGCACAGCAAAAUACUGGUGGUUCAUUUGGGUCAACCCAACGUGCGCCUCCUCCACCUUCUGCCAACGAUGACUUGCUCGGUGAUAAUGAUGCUCACGCUGCUGAGUCCAGUAAGAUCACACAUGAGACUACCGAGCUGGCGAAUAUGAGCAACCAGAUCGGCAAUCUUCGGGGACAGAUGGAGCAGACUCAGACGAAGAAGAGUGUUGCGCAAGCUGAGCUGAACCAGACAAGCUCACAGAAACGUGAUCUUGAGCUGCGACUACAGCAGUUUAGAGCCCAAUUCGAGCAAGAAGUGCGCGCUGUUAAGGAACUGGAAGCACAACUCGCCACGUCCCGAGAUUCUACCAAGAAGCUAAGCCAGGAGCUAGCGCUUCUCGAAGGCAAUUACCAAGAUCUACAUACACAGCAUCAGACUGUUUCGCAGCAGCUCCAAGCCGAUCAGCAAGAGAAUGCCAGUCUCAAGCAGCGCCUGUCGCAGGUGAACGCUGAAGUGACAAGGUUGAAGCCGGAGAUUGAAAAGCUGAAGCUCGAAGCAAGACAGCAAAAGGGCAUGGUAAGCAUUAACAAAAAGCAGCUUGCCACGAGCGAGGGCGCACGGGACCAGGCUAUGUCUGAGAAAUCGACCCUCGAGCGCGAGGCGGCAGAACGAGAUGAGCUCGCACGAGCACAGCCUGUAGAAGCUCCAGCGUCCGGUCUGGGAUCGGGCUAUGUCAGCCCAGGCAUGGCAAGUCCAGCUAGCACUCUUAGCGCGAACAACCCUUUCUUUAGGAAGUCGAGCAAUGAAGGUGGCGAGCAGCGUGCCCUGAGUCCGCAAGCGACUGGCACUGGACCCACGCCGAGCGCAUUUGACGCACUGUUUGGACCUCCUGGCGCCUUUGCACCACAAGGACAAGCGAGCAGUAGAACAGGCACUCCUCCUGCGACCAGCUUCGUCGCUCGUACGCUCCCAGCCGUAGGCGGUGUUGCCGGUGGUGCUGCGCUGGGUGCCGCAGCGGCUACUGGAAUGUCAGAUUCAGUACAGAGCGUGUCUUCGGUAGGCCAGCAUACACCUGCAGCCACGCCUCCUCUGUCUGAGAAGGCGAAUGAGAGCCCCGUUGUACAUGAGCCACCACCGCCCCCUCAAGAUCGGCAGUUCUCGGCCUCUCAGCUACCGAUCGUCCCGCCCGAGGACAAGAGCAAAGAAAUGGACAACGACUCUACCAAAGUCUUACCGCCGCCAAGCAGAGCCGGUGAUACUAGUACCCUUAGAGAUGUGUUUCCUCAAUCUGGCGCUACCUCUUUGCGUCCAUCUGGAGCUUUCCCAGAGGAUCCGACCACGGAGACAGCGGCAACAGAGGGCGUCCCUGGUGCGUUUCCGGUGGAUGAGACACCGCUUGCGUCACGCGCAGUCACCCCGGCUGCUGCAAAAGACGACUUUGACUCGGCAUUCGAUGGAUUCGGUGACGGCCAGAAGUCCAAAGACGCGGAACACGAUGAUCCUUUCGCAGUGCCUAGUGCAUCGGUGGCGACCGCACCAGGGGCCGGCGCUGGUCGCUCUGAGUUUCCACCGGUCCGUACACUCGAACGUGACUACAGCGAGAGUGAUAGCAGUGACGAUGAAGACUCCCGAGGUUUCGAUGACGAUUUCACAGCCGCUUCGCCGCCGAGAUCUCAUGCACCGCCAACAGGGGGCCGAAGCCUUGGGGAAGAUCCUUCUACGUCGGCAGCAGCACUCUCGGCUGCGUCUUUCCCGAAUCCAUUAUCAAGUACCUAUCCUCCAGCCCCCAACGCUCAGGACUCGUCCCCUGUGCAGGAAGUUAGCAACAAAGUCUCACACGGUGGACACGGCGAACAGGCCGAGAAGAACCAGCUGCCAUCAGAAUUUGAUGGAUUGUUACCCUCCCGAGAAGACCCGACGAGCAUUUCACAGGCGCAUGGGCCAUCACAGACCGUGGCAUCAGCAGUCGAAGUAGCACCAGAGUCUAGCAAGCAAGGGCAUUUACAGACGCCACCUGCCACAUCAAGCGAUGCCAAUCCAUUCCCAAGCGUAGCUACGAGCUCGGUGCCCACUACAGCCUCAGCUACAAAGGGCGCAUUCGACGACUUCGAUGACUUCGACGAUCUUGCCGAAGCUAAAGAGGCUGAUAAGACUGGGGGAGAUUUCGAGUUUGGUUUCAAUGGAGUAGGCGACGAGUUCAGCCCGACAUUUGACUCACCCGCGACAAGUAUGACCACCACCAUGGCUUCAUCUCAACAAACGCCGGUAGUUGCCGAUCGUAACCUACAGGGCGGAAGCGCGUCCUCGAAUGGUUUUGCUGACCACCAAUCCUCUCGGUCAGCAUUCGACAACCCCGCAGUCACGAGCAGCAGCUCCAGUAUUCACCAGAGCCCACAGAAUGGACAGCAUGAUUGGGAUGCGAUAUUCUCGGGGUUGGAUAACAGCAAGCAGAUUGACACGACUCUCAACCCCAGUGAUCCAUGGGGCGAAAGUGCGAACGUGACACAAACCGCUACUGCAACGCCGCCACAUGCUUCGAAACCAUCGUUCCCGCCAGGCUCAAUUGCUGCACAGCCUCCCAAAAGUGUUCCGAAUCGAGGCGGUGCUUUGACGCCUGGCACCGAGCAUGAUGAUCCAAUUUUGAAGAGAUUGACAGGUAUGGGAUACCCAAGAGGACAGGCUCUGGCUGCGUUGGAAGAAUUUGAUUAUGACAUUAACAGAGCUGUUGAUCACUUGACGAGCCAGUAAAGAGGGGAUGCGAUUUGCGCUACAGAGAGGAGGUAAUUAAUACCAGCGUGUGACGUGUAGAUAUUCUUGUAGCCCAUUCACUUUGAGGGCAAUGUAUGUACUUUAGACCAAGCUCCCUCCGGAUUGAAUAAGCACGAUCAGGG